CUGGCUGUCGAUACAACAUUACACAACCUAAUCUCUGCAUGGAUCCGAGCGUACCACUCGUAGUUGACAAUGGAACGGGGUUCGUGAAAGUAGGAUACGCCGGGUCUAACUUCCCUGAACAUGUAUUCCCCUCCGUCAUCGGUCGGCCCAUCCUACGAGCGGAGGAACGCGUCGGCUCGUCAGUGAUCAAGGAUGUCAUGAUCGGCGACGAGGCCGCGGAGAACCGCAACUACCUGCAAAUGUCCCAGCCGAUGGAGCACGGUAUCGUGCGCAACUGGGAGGACAUGAGACUGUUGUGGAACUACACGUUCUACGAGAAGCUGCACGUGGACCCGCGGGGCAGGAAGGUGCUCCUGACGGAGCCGCCUAUGAACCCGAAGGCCAACCGACAGAGGAUGUGUCAGGUCAUGUUUGAGGAGUACGGGUUCGACGGGGUGUACGUGGCGAUCCAGGCGGUGUUGACGCUCUACGCACAAGGCUUGACAACGGGUGUUGUGGUGGACUCGGGAGACGGUGUGACGCAUAUUGUCCCUGUCUACGAUGGCUUUGCGUUACCACACUUGACGCGUCGGCUCGACAUCGCUGGACGGGAUGUCACUCGAUACCUGAUCAAGUUACUGCUCAUGCGCGGCUACGCUUUCAACCGAACUGCGGACUUUGAGACGGUGCGAGAGAUCAAGGAGAAGCUAUGCUACGUCAGCUACGAUCUAGACAUGGACACGCGGUUAUCAGAAGAGACAACCGUCCUGGUUGAGAGCUACACGCUGCCAGAUGGCCGGACUAUCAAGGUAGGGUCGGAGCGCUUCGAAGCCCCCGAAUGCAUGUUCCAGCCACAUCUCGUCGACGUGGAACAGCCAGGUGUCGCAGAGAUGCUUUUCCAGACCAUCCAGAAUGCAGCCGUAGAUGUCCGGGCUGAGUUAUACAAGCAUAUAGUGCUGUCCGGCGGCUCGAGCAUGUACCCGGGGCUGCCAAGUCGCCUGGAGAAGGAAAUGAAGCAACUAUACCUCACUCGUGUCCUUAAUGGCGACCCAACGCGACUGAACAAAUUCAAAAUCCGGAUUGAGGACCCGCCGCGCAGGAAACACAUGGUAUUCUUAGGUGGCGCGGUAUUGGCGGACAUCAUGAAGAAUCGCCAGGAGUUCUGGAUAUCCCGGGACGAGUGGUACGAGCAAGGCGCCCGAGCGCUUGAUAAGCUCGGACGAAGUGAGGGCUAAAUGGGUGAGGAACCGUACAGAGUAUCUGUCUAUUGUGUACAUUAAAUUCACCAUUGAGAAGACCCCUCACUGAGGAAGUUGCAAGGAUAUGCAUCUCAUAACGUUUUUUGUGGCAGUGGAACCCCAACCUUACCGUCGAACGCCCUCAAGGCCGCAUUUCCUGGGAAAUGAGGAAUGCAAUUUGUGGCUUCACCGUCAAGAAAGGGAAACGGGAAACACGGAUGAGUUGGCCAACGAUUUCUUAUAAAAGUACGUUUGCCCUGUACACGCAUACAACGUACAAGGAAUGCAGGAAAUUUGGAGAGCGC